UUUGAAGCUAGCCGAGAUCCUGCCACUGUUGACUUGUAACGGACAUUGGCCCAACCAUUGUCCCAUCCACAUUGUGACAAAAUGCUUCGAACGCCGUGCGCACUUCGUCUCCUCCCUUCCCGAUCGCUUCACCGCUCCAUUAUUGCCCGUCUAGCCACCACCACCACAGCACCAGCAACAUCACAAGAACCUCCAUCAACGGUAAAGCCCAAGGGUCCCCCAGAACCGUCCUCUUGCAAAGAGGGCACCGUCCUGAAAGGUCUUAACAUUCUGAAAGACGGGAAGGACCCGGUCGCACUGGCCGAUGACGCCUACCCAGACUGGCUAUGGUCUCUUCUCGACCCGCCGAAAAAGGAUUGGACACCAGAGGAGCAAUUGAGUAGAAAGUAUUUGAGAAAAUUGACCAAGGAGAAGAUUAAAGCGAACUCUAUUGCGAAGAGGGCUCGGUGAUGGGCAGUGAUUGGUCGAUUGAUAGUUGGGUUGACGGUUCAUGUAUUUAUAGAUAAGCACUUUCAUUAUUGGAAUGGAUAUUUAAAAUGGUAGUUUGGCUUUAGUAUACUGGUGAGCAUAACACCCGUCGAAUCUUUUUC